AUGCAUCCAAAGCCCUUUACUUCAAAGUAUGUUGCUCAUGGAAUGAAGUAUGAACUUGUUGCUCUCAGAGAGUAUGAAAAAUUCAUGUUCAACGGGAAAACACCUGUCCCUGUACUUAAAAGUGGAUUUGUUGUAUCCGAAGCAUUUCCUGUUCUUGGUGCAUUACCUGAUGCCAAAGUUAUUGACUUUGGAUGCUCUAUUUGUUUCGGUUUAGCUGACGUGAAAUGUCCUCAUACCAAGUUCCACGUGACCCCCCUUGAGGCAUGCUCGGACCCAAAUUUCUUCAUGGAGAAGAUAAGUGACACACAAUGUAGACGUAAAAGGGACCAUGUCUACUAUGGCCAGGUCCAGGGACAAAUGGGUGUGACAGGUGCGAAAUGGUGCGAUUUUAUAAUGUACACUAGCAAAGGGAUUUAGAUUGAACGAAUCGCACUUGAUCCUGUCUACUGGGGUAACCUUAAGAAUGAACUCCUGCAGUAUUAUUUUGAACAUUUCUUAAAAUUUUCAUCAGCAGAUUUUCAUAACUCUGCUUAAAGUACUUUAAGUUAAGUUUUUAUUACUUUACAUAUACUCUUUUUUCUAAGUUCAUGGGCUAAUUUUAAUAUUAUUUAAUACUUUGAGCCCUAAUAUUAAAUAACUAGUGUUAAAUUUGUCCUUAAAAUUUUGUUGCUUUAUUGAAGAAAUCAAUUAUUACCAAAAAUAAAAGAAGGAAGUAGUGAAGAAUUUCAAAUUUGAUAUUGGGUCUUUAAGGGUUAACUAAUCUGUGCCCUAGUUGAUGCAAUAGGAGAACCAAUUUACCAAGGUUCCAUUGUGGCUUAAUGUUCAAGUGGUUGUAGACAUUAUUGCUAAAUGCUAAUAACUCAUAGUCUUAAAGGAAUGCUGGUAGUCUCAUUAUUGUAAAACACCAUGCAUUAUUCUACCUGUUUUUGCUGUGGGAACAUUAUAAUCUGAAGACCAGAAGCACUGUUAUUUGUUCUUUGAUUUCCUUUAUUGGUGUGUUCUUUCCAACAAGUUUAUUAAAUAUGGAAAGUAAAUGUGAAUUUUCUAAGGUGAACAUUAAUGGUGACCAUUGUCCAAAAUUACAGAGUAGCAUGACAGAAAUACCAAAAUGUAAAUUUGUCAAUACACAAAAUAGUUUAAAUAGAAAUGAUAUUGGAUUCGUUGUUGUAUAAAAUUGCACAAACUGCCCACAUUUGAUUUACAACACCAAACUGGUGGAAAGGUACAACCCCGUCCCAAAUGUGAAAAUUUUUUUUUUGUUAAUUGCUCGCUCAUCAUGUAUACGUAGACUGGCAAAUUCUUGAGUGCAAACUACAUCAUUUGCUGGCAUUUGUGCAGAGCUACCAAGGAAGGGCGGGAUGUUUAGAGAUACUCUCAAAGGGAGCAAAUCCUGUAUGGUAAAUCCCUUGUCAGCCAUGAUAGAAUCUUUUUCCUGGAAUUGCAAAUCUAACAAUCCACUUCUUACUACUAUUUCCUUUAUCAGAAAUGCUCCCAGUAUGCAAUUGGCUGAUAAAAGUAAUUGCUCCACCAGGAGAAAUGCCAAUCAACCCUUUCAGGGUUGUGUGGUGUUUGUAGUUGCUAAAUAAUUCCCCAUUCAAGUGGAGACUACUGAGCAUUUGGCAUCUGACCUCAGAACAAUCUAUGAUAACUCUGGUGGAGCUAUAUUUUUGUUUAAAGUCUUCUGGCAUGGUCUCAUUAACCUUCCCACGUGUGGGCCAAAUGUUUAUUUGACCAAGUUUCAAAUACAUAAAAUUGAUCCACGUUAUAAAAAUCCGACUGAUUGUUGAUAGUGAAACUUGAAAAAGAUGCGCCAAAUGUUCCUCAGCAAACCCUUGCCUCAGUCUGUACAUGACUGCAAAACACUCGUCAACUGGUCGCAAGGAUCUUGAUGUUCCUCUUUUUCUGAUUAGUUCGUCAUUUUCACCCUCAUACACUCCUGCUGAUACAUUCAAAUUUAACUUUGAGACCCAGUAAGAUAUAUUUUGCCCCUCAUUUCCUGGAUUUAAGUAUUUGAAAACAGCAUCAAAUGUAUCCCAGUUUGGAAAACCAGUAUAAAACUUGAUAGAGGAGUCAUCACCUCUAAACCUAUCGACUGUAAACAUCUGCUUUUGAAGAGACUGAAUGUGCUGAUUUGCCUUCUCAAGUUUAGAUUUUAGGUCAAUUAAUUGCUGAUUCAUUUCUGUUUCGCUGCUAUCCGUGAACUCAAUUUCAUUUGUUUGCGUCCUCACAUCCUGUUUGGUGAUAGCAUCAAUAUCACUCGUUUCACUUUCUUCGUUGCAUGUAGCAUUUUCUGUUUCUAUCAUUUCUUCUACCGUUUCAAUUUCGGAAGGACCUGAACAAUCGAUGAAAACCGAUGAUCUGAAAAUCAAUCGAUCAAUCGAUGACAAUCGAUUAAUUACUGUUGAUUAGCAUCGAUUGGCAUCCGCCAAUCGACGAUCAAUCGAUAAUCAGACUUAGGUGGUCGCGAACUUCAUCGAUUGGCACUAAAUUCAUGUCUCUGUAUCUUCAGGUAUUGCGGGAGUGUACGCAGAUCGUAUAUCAUUUUUAAACCUCAGCAGCAAAGUUUGAGAAUUGCUCAUUGAUGUGGCUCCAUGAAAAACAGCACAAAUGAUUAAGACAAUUAACAUACCUUGUUGUUACAGCGCUGUUGUUAGUACAAACUUGAUCGAUUUAGCUUCGAGUUCAUUGCAAAGAUUCCGCUGACCUGGGAUGCAGUCGUCAUUCAAACACGAUUAAGCUUAUUGUUAUUUCUUUUUCUUCUUCUUUCAGGUCCACCUCGAUCUUCCGUGUGGAAUUCCCAAGAGUGAUUUACUGAGUAGCAAAAAGUUAUUCCAGGUGGGCAACAAAGGUGACAAGCACAGCAAACAGUGACAAAGCCUCGCAGAAGUGAUUCUUGUUCCCAGGAAUCAUAGCGAGAGACAUUCGCCUUUAUUUAAAAUAUUAUUUUUGUGCCAAUUAUUCUCCACUUUAUUCUCCCAUCAGGCCCUCCCACACAGUCAAAAAGUGCAUAUUAUUGCUACUUAAAUACACCACUUCCGGUACUGUAUUAAAAUGGGUUAUGAUUUUUUCAUAUGAACAGAGCAAUGACACGAAAUAAAAUUUUAAAACCAUUCGUUAUGUUUAUUUUGUUUAUUCACUGCAGUGUUCACUGUGACUCAGGCUGACUGUACUGUCCGGGUACAUACUUUCCCUCUUUUGCCAGCCUGCGAUGGUUCUGAAACCAAAUUGUAACCUGUGGAGAAAAUAAAAAUGUAAAUAACCGCAGUAGUAGUAGUAGUAGUAAUAGUAGUAGUAGCACUAGUCAAGAACUGUCUUCUUUUUACACUUUUCUGCAAAAUGUCACACCUCUUUUUUAUAAAGAUGACUGCGAGCUACACGGGGAGCAUAACAAACAAUUGGCAUUGUCAGAGAGCUGCUGCUAGCGUGUGCAGUGCAGGCCCUGUGCAAACUCAGUCAAGUAAAUGGAAAGCUAGGCGAGUUCAUCCGUUUUCAAUGAUCAGGGGGUGAAUGAUGUUGAUCACUGUGUUACUUCACCUUCUGGUCCCUUUAUCGUUUAGCUUUUCUCCCACAUCUGCGCACCUCACACGAGUAUCACUGCCAUUCAAGAACAACUAAAUUCCUUGGGAUACUACUUUGCGAUUUCAUCGCGAAAUAAUUUUGAAAGUAGCUUUAAGUGUGAGGCUUGUCAAGUGACGUUAAAAUGCCAGAAUUAUUUUCAACCCGUUUGGUUACUGAAACGUCACACUGGGGAAAAGACCCACCAAAUAAAACCAGGAUGGAUAUUAGAUGAGGAAAACAACGUAAAAAUGUCGAGACCAAAAGGUGAGAACUGUAUAAUUUUUAUUACCUGGCUCUUUGUCAAGUCCGUCGACUCUGCGAGCUGUUCUGUCAUGCUGGCAGACGGUAGGCUGUUCGAGGCCUUAAAAACAGCAUGCAUGCUUGAAGUUUUCACUUUCUGGAAAACCUCCCGUUUUUGAGAAGCUUGAGGGUGGCUGGUGCUGGCAUCAUCAUUUGGUUUCUUUUGCCCUGUGAAAGUAGAACAUGAAAAAAAAGAAGGUUCCUCACCGAAACCUGACGAAACUGCGACCACGUUGCCGCUUUUAUCCAGUGUUUUGUCGCAUGGUCUUCCCGAAAAGACAAAAAAAGUGACAAUAAUCUACUUUGAAUUCAAUGAAAACUCAUUUUUAAAAUUAUAUUACCUUUUAUGAUUUUUUUUUAUCCAAUAGCUUUUGCUGCUCUUCAGGGCUUGUCAGAAAUUUUUUCAUUUUUUGCCACGCCUUGUGUCCAGCGCCUGAAGGAAGCGCCUCCAGUGGCCCAUUGAGAAGUGAAGACAGUACCUUGAGACCAGUUGAUGACUUCUUUUGCAAAAACGGCAAACGAAACUGCGUUAUCCCUCAGCCAUUUUCUUAGAUCAUGUGCGAUCGACACUGUGCUGACAACUUCUUCUUCUCCUCCCUCAUUUUUACCAGUCUCGCCUAUGUCUGAAACAGUAAACAGUGUAUAACAAUGAGUCAAUUGAUCAAAUUUGGGCAGCAUUUAAUCUGUUGUAAUGUCUCAGAUUUCUACACAGUUUAAUUCAGACUUAAAUCUCAUGUUAGUAAUUUUUGACAAAGAGUAUAACCGAAUAACUUAGCUGGACAUACCCUCACAAGUUUUCCCACAGCUUUGUUGGAGAAACGUUUUCAGAUUUUCUUCUUCGCUGCACGGUAUUUCAACUGUAAUCUGGAAAAUGAAGAUGUUAUUCUUCAAAAUCUCGACGCCUGUAUCUUGAAUUUCAGCUGUGAAUUUGCUUAAUUCACAAUAAAGUUGGAAAAAGACUUCUCACCUUCAGAUGAUGAGACAUUUUUAGACCAAAAUAAGGAAAUCAGCAAAUAAAAGUAGAGGAAUUGACCUAAACAAGCGUGUAGGCGAAUAAACUGAGCAGGACACUAAUCGGUCGAAGUAUUGUGACACUGGACGCACAGCUGGAUGUGAGUGGCGGGAAAAGUAACAGGAAGCACUAUAUUUGACCAUUAAGCAUACCUGACCUUUGUAAAUAACACGCGGCCUGGGCUAACCAGGAUUCAGCUGCAACGUCUUACAAAGUUAGUUCCUGUAACAAAGUCGUUUCUGUUUUUUUUCAGGAUGUUGCCAAAUGACUGAAUUUUUCUCUAAGACGAGAAAGAGUGCCUCCCCAUCAACACCGGCAUCAGCUACAUGUAGAGCAUCAACACCUCAAUCAUGUCCAGUUAGUCAAGGAAACUUGUCUGUGAUCGACGAGCACCAUUUUAAGACGGUAAGUAAAUUAUUGUUACUGAUCUAAAGAUGGAAACUGAUAACCCCCGAACCCCCACCAUCCCCCCCACACACCCACACACCCACACACCCACACAGACAUUUUGUGAACCUGCACCCUGGUGAUAUCAACUUGAAAGACAUGUUUCACCAUUUUUGGCUGAUUACAUCAGAUCCUGCGUGCAUCGUAAGUGGUCCUUACUGUUCCAGUUUUCCUUUUAGAUCACUUCUAAUCUUAAGAGUCAAGCGGAAAAAGAGUUUGGGGCAAGACUUGGAAAGUCUUUAACAAAAGCAUGUAGCUCCACCGUAUCGAAACAACCCGCACCUCGUAUUACUAAAACUACACACGACAUUCCCAUGGAGAAAAUUGUCAGGGAAAACAUUCGCAGGUGUGAGCGAGAGGAGAUGGCUAUGAUAAAGGCUGCACAAAAUAGAGUUUUUUCAUGUGUGGCUUCAUCGGCCACAUCUGGAGAAAGCAUUGCUACUCAAAUUCUAGCUUCGAUAAGAAGUGAUGUUGAAAAUGUCGAAGAGAAAUCAUUCUGGAAAUAG